UGGUGUUCAACCUUAUGGACCGCAGAAUGUAUAUUUAGCCAGAAAAGAGAAAAACAUUAAUCAACUUGUUUUUUGAUUUCGCUAAAGUUACCGAAAUCAACUUUUCAUUACCGAAAUCAACACAAAACCCGACUGCAUUGAUGAGAGCGUUCAGUUGCAACUGAAAAGUGGAAUACAUAUUCAUUUGACAGGGUACAAUAUUAAUGAACAGAUGAACAAAGAAACCUUACAAAAUACGAUUAUGGAGCUAGAUCAAGUGAAACACAGAAUAAAUGAAAAUGCUGAACCUGCAAAUAACAAACAAGAUGAUGUAAAUGCAUGCUGUGAUUCUGAACCCAUAAAUGUGCAUCUCUUAGCUCUGACAGAUUCGAUUAUGGAGCUAGAUCAAGUGAAACACGGAAUAAAUGAAAAUGCUGAACCUGCAAAUAACAAACAAGAUGAUGUAAAUGCAUGCUGUGAUUCUGAAGAUGAAACGUUUUCUCAAAAUAACACCUUACAUUUAACACAAUCACUGCCGAGUACAGAAUUUGUGAAAAUUGAAAUAGAAGAGAUAAUAGAAGAAGAAGAAGAGGCAGAAGAAGAAAAUGAUGAUGUUGAUGAUGAUAAUGAUAAUAGAGUAGAAGGAAAAGAGAAAGAAAAAGAGGGAGAUAAUGAAGUUCAAAUCACUCCUGAACAGAGACCCAAAAGAAAAAGGUCUAUUAAAAGCAUAGACAAAAACAAAAAGUCUAUUAAAAGCAUAGGCAAAAACAAAAAGACUAUUAAAAGCAUAGACAAAAACAAAAAGUCUAUUAAAAGCAUAGACAAAAACCAGAAACAGAAGCAGACUAGAUGUAGAUUGACAUUAACAAAGCUUGCAUGGGAUAGAUGGAAUGAUUUAAAGACAAGUUUAAGUGUAAAAACCCAUAAUGACCUGGCUUUACUGCUUAUUGAUUGCUGGUAUGGAAGACAUGGUAAUUCAGGACUUGAACAAAACACACAUGUUGAUGCUGGUGAUGCCGAUGAAUCUAUGAAAUUUAAGAGUGAAGAAGUCAAGGUGGAAAUAAAUGAUGAAGUAUCAAAUGAUCUUACAGAUGUAGACUAUGAUGAACUGUCGAACUCUAUCAAGGCUAGGGGAAAACAGGAUAAUAAAACUGGCACUGAAAACACAGAACAAAUGGAGCCAGAUGACCUUGUAGCAAAGUUAAUCUCAGAUUACCAUAAAGGCAAUCUGCACUCAAAUAAAUCUGGUACAAAGAGGAAAAUGAAGAAACCUAAAGCAUCUAAUGAACUUGAUUAUGAUGUUAGUGACAUUCAUGAUGAUGAUGAGGAGGAACCAGUACCUCCAAUAAAAAAGAGGAAAUCUACUCAGAAAAGUGAAAAGGAGAGUAAAGAAAAGAAGUCAAAAGUAACACCUAAGAAUGGUAAUCAGAAGAAAGCUAAAAGCCCUGAACCUAAAAAACCAUGGGUAAAAAUACAGCUUUCAGAGCAUAAGGAUAAAUAUCUUGUAGAAAGUUUAAAAUCUUUUGCACAUAUGAAAAGGAGUAACACUGCUGUCGAGACUUUAUUUUCAUGUUUAGUUUGUAAUCAUUUUAAAUGUGGAUCAAAAGAUGUAUUUGAAAAUCAUAUAGAGAAGCAUAUAAACAAGGUGUUUAAUUGUGAGGGAUGUCAGUAUAUAGGGAAUAGUGAACAGGACAUUCGUAAACACAAGUGGACAUGUUGUAAAAGACCAAAGAGGGAAAGCGUAUGCUCACUAUGUGGUCAUUGGACUGCUUCUUCUGAAAGUCGAAGGCAUCAUCUAGGAAAAGUGCAUGGUAUACCUAGUUGGAAGUGUAUGUUCUGUCCUGACAUGUUCAAGACAAAUGAUGAAAGAAAAGAUCAUAUGAGAACUGUCCAUGAGGAGGCCUGCCAGUACUGUGAAUCUUGUAAAUUGUGCAAGCAUCUUCUCAGCAAAGAAGAUUUCAAGGCCCAUCUAGAAAAUUGCAGUUCAAGCGUACAGUGUCAGAUUUGUGGAUUGUUGGUGAAAAAAAGGAGCAUGAAUAUGCAUAUUAAGAGUAAGCAUGAAAACAUUCGGAAACAUCAGUGUCACAGGUGCCCAUAUGCUGCAAAAACUGUAAGGAGGUUGAAAACCCAUCUUCUAUGUCACGACAAUAUUCACCCAUUUAAAUGCAACAUGUGCUCAUUUAGCUGUAUUCAAUCCCACCAUCUUAAGUCACACAUGAGAACACAUACAGGAGAAAAACCUUACAAAUGUACACAGUGUAAAUUUGCUGCAGCCUGGACUGCUCAACUCAAAGAUCACAUCAAAGUUCACAGUAUUGCAACAGCUGUCAUGUGCCAGGAAUGUGACGUUGCUUUCAUAAAUGAAAGGACUCUGAAUUUACAUACAAAAAAGGAACACUGUUUUGGAAAUAGAUAUCAAUUCUGAGUGCAUUGUUGUAGAAUAAUGCACGGUUUGAGUUCAAAUGCAUAGUAAUAUAGUGAUUAAUUACAAAGCAUUUGAGCGAAAAACGUGCAUUGUUAUACAAUAUUGCACAAAGAAUUACAUGUAAUAUCUAUUUCCAUUCUAACACGUCAAGAAAAAAUGUAAUUAUUAUUAUAAAGUUGAACUUUAUGUUUGGUGGUUAAAUUUGUUCUCACCUCAGAGUUUCCAAUAGAAACGUUCUUUAGAGGCUG